AUGGUCGUAUCAAUGACAAAGUUGAAGAGGAAAGGUGAAAGAGGACAGCCCUGUCGGACACCACUUGAUGUGGUGAACUCAGGAGAAAGCUUCCCAUUCGACUCAUUGGCAAAAUCCAAGAAGGAUAGUCAAGUUUUCCACUAUCAGCAAAAUUUUAAAAAGGCUUCUAUAUGGCAACAAGUCACCAGCCUUAUCGUCAUCAUCAUCAUUGUCGGCUGA